AUGUUGUGAAUGUUGAAUGUUUUUAGCAUUUUCUUCGUAAAUACAUCGCUAAAAUGGGCAAAACUAAGACUAAAAAGCGUGGAAAACACCGAAUGCAGCCUAUGGGACAAUUAGAGGACGGUAGUACAGCGGAAAAUGGAAACUCCAUGGAUAAUUUUGGAGGAAGAACCAUACCCUUGUUGCAAAAACUUUGUAGUCCAGCUCCUGAAGAGAAGGAGUGUGCAUGUGCUGGUUUGGCUAAUUUAGUUUUUGAACCUGGCGCUGUACCCGUUCUUAUCAAGCAAGAUGUUGUGAGGCGUCUUGGACCUUUGUUGAUUGACAGCAAUCGAAGUAUACAGGAAGCAGCUGCCGGUGCUCUCAGAAAUUUAAGUUUGAGUGGAGGAGCUGAUGUGUGUGCCAAAAUGGUUGAACAAGAUGUCAUGACUCCUCUAACAACCUUCAUAAUCCAGUCAUUAGAGAGUUUACAAAGUGAUUGCGACAAACCAACUACUGAUUACAAAAAACAGACUAUUAUUCUUGUUAUUCAAGCCAUCAAYUUACUGUGGAAUGUAUGUGAAAGUAGUGCAAUAGCCGUUGACAUCUUCAACAUGAAAGGGAUUUUACCUUACCUUGUACAGUGCCUAGAAACAGAUAUUUAUCCCAUGUCACUAGCCAUGCCAGCAGCUCAGUGCCUACAUACAGUAACAGAAGACAACCCUUCAGCAGCUCAAGCUCUUUGUGGCUCCAGUAGUUUAAUGAAAACAAUAGAAAAAGCYUUGGUGACAGAGCCAUCCACUAGUGAAGUAAUGCUAUUGAAAGUCCUUAGUGCUGGCAUUUUGUACAAUGUACGGUAUUCCAUUCCCAUGUGUAGCUUCAAUGAGCUUGUUCAGGCUGUUGUAAAGGUCCUUUCACARGUCUUGGAGAUUGAUUGUUUGGAAAUGCUUGGUAAAAUGAUGCCUGAAUUAGACAAGGUUGAUGAAGUUCAAAUGCUCCUUAACGCUCAACAACUGGCCUURGAAAUCUUGUCCAAUGUUUGCUGUGCAGAUGAAGGUGGAGAUGAGUCAGACUGGGAAGACAUCAGCGAUCUCCGUAGUGACACAUCUGAUGAAGGAACUGAUGGAGAAGACGACAUACAAUCAAAUGACCAUGAAAUGAAUACCAGCUUAUCAGCUGAGAUGAUCAAUGCCAUAGUUACACAGCAAGUACCUAAAAAGGUUCUUGAUAAGGCAGUGUUUGGYGAUGUAAAAAUUUAUGAGCAAUUAAACCAACACAAUGAUGGACAGAAGUCACUAAGAAGUUUAAGUGUUGUCCAGAUAAGAGCUUUCAUAUGUCUUAAUAACAUCACAACAUCCAUGGACGUCGAACUCCUUGGUGGUACAGAUGCCUUGGGUCAACUAUGGAGCACUUUAUUUUCACUCACCUAUGGCAAUGAAUGUUGUAAAUACUUAGCUGAGAGGGAAGAUUUUUUAGAGGCAGCCGCUGGUGUCAUGAGAUCAGUCUUGGAGAAACUAUCAACAGUGAAUGCACCUCAAUACAUAACUGCUGACCAGGUAACACUGCUGUGUCAGACAGCAUCAACAACAAACUGUGAUGCAGUCAAGGUCAAGGUUCUUAGCAUUCUGGGUUACAUUGGGAAAAUGGCUGCCAGCCGAGAUGAUAGCCUCGAAGUUUUAAAGUCACUAGGCUUGGUAUUGCGUGACAUCAUAACCAGUCAAACCAGUUUGUGGAUCAUCUCUGAAGCUCUUGAUGCUGUAUUUGAUACGUUUGCUGAUGGUCCGUUAGUCAACUCGGUGAUGUGUUCUAUUGGAUUAUUAACUACUUUACAGCAACUUGUACCAAUUCUCAAAGCUAGGGUUAAAAGCGAAAAGCGAUCAUUAGGAGAUCAUUAUCCCGUAGUCGAAGCUUCAAAAACGAACUUAACGAGAUUUAUCAAAUACAAAAGUAAAGGCCAUUGAUAACAGAUCCACUAGACAUUUAGACGUUAUCUCGACCGCACCUUCCAGACCUGGGCUUCCUGUGUUGUAUCAGGUCACAGGAAGCCCAGUAAUUAUUACUUCGAAGAACCUUGGAUAGACGAAAAUAUUAAAACUGUCACGAGGCCAGAAGAGACUCGAUACAGCUCGGAAAACGAUUUUCCAUAUUUUUCUCGGGUAGAAUUUGAAGUGUCUCGAUGUCACCCUCCCCUCCCUUCCUCCUCCCUUCCCCUCCCUGUAUGUUUAAUAUUGAAAUAAAAGACAGCAUACCCAUG